AUGUCCAAAGACAAGAAGCGCACGAGCAAAGACAAGUCCAAAGACAAGAAGCGCACGAGCACUGACAAGUCCAAAUACAAGAAGAGCAAGAGCAAAGACAAGAAAAGCAAAGGCAAGGAUAGUAAAAAGGAGAGAAAGAAGGGUUUUUGUCCCUGGUUAAGCAGCAAAAGCAGCAAGAGCACCAAAGAGAAAGGGGAAGGCAGCUCGAGAUCCAGAAGCAAAGAGAAGGCUGGCAAGGCUAAGUCUAGCAAGGAGAAGGUGGUCAAAGGAAGCAAGGAGAAGACGGACAAAGGCAGUAAGGAGAAGGCGAGCAAGAAGCGGGGCUCCAAGAGGCACAGCAAGGAAAAGAGCAGCAAGGAUAAAGACAACAAGGAUAAGCAAAGUAAAGAAAAGCAACAAAGCAAGGAGAAACACAACAAGGAUAAGCACGGAAGCAAAGAAAAGCGUAGCAAGGACAAGCGGAGUAAGGAGUCCAAAUCGCCACAGAAGAUAGCCGGCUGGCUGGAUGGCUUGAAAAGGAGGACGACUUGA